CCCCAAGGGGCGGAGUGGUUUUCCAUGGUUUGAGACGAAAACGAUAAAGCGAACAACUUUGGACGGCUUUUCUUGGUUCAGUUCAAAUUUCAGUUCACCUAUCGCUGCGCUUGAAGAACAAAGCUCGCGCUUAUGGCGGCAGCGCCGCCGGCAAUCAGCAACAGCAAUGACACGAUCCUGAACACUGCCACGCCCCCGGCGAAGCUAACAACUCUGGCUGCUAGCUUGGGUUAUCGCACGGACACACCACCAAAAUCCCAACGUGGGCAUAAUAAGCCAAAAUGUAAACAAUGCGGCAAUGUUGCUCGUUCAAGGUGUCCAUUUGAGUCAUGCAAGAGUUGCUGUUCAAGAAAUCAAAAUCCAUGUCAUAUUCAUGUGUUGAAAGCAAAUUCAACUAUUCCUGACAAGUCACCAUCUUCUAGUGCUGCUCCACUUGAUCAGCAAUCCUCUGAAUCAUCUCCAUCUUCGAAUGCAAGUAGAGUUGCAUCCCUUCGACAGCUUUCCAACAGUUUUGCCCAGUUCAAUAAUUUGCAUGUUUCGCUUCAGUCGAGGAAGCCAAUAACUAGGAAGGAUGCCUCAAUAAUUAAUAAAUGGAGAUUUUCCACGUUAAAGGAGUACACGGAGAGGAACAUUGAAGUAGAAAAUGAUGCUUUCCAGAGAUACAUGCGAAAUGUAGCUUUAUUGGAUGAAGUUUCAUCUGUGGAGUCCCCGGAAGACAAUGCAUCCUCUGCCUUGGCGUCUAACCCUACUUCGAUGGGGAACAAUGGGAUUUUCAUCCCAUGGUUGAAACUGCUUAUAAGAUCUAACUCAACAAGUAGUGUGAGAAAUAGAGUAAGACAGAUUGUGGAUGAGGGACUAAAGAAGCUUCAGAAGGGUGCUGUCGAGGGUAACGUGGAAGAACCAAAUGAAGCAUCAAAAAGGCCAAAAAUUUUGAGGCCUGAAAAGUUAUCAGAUACAAGUGAUCUUAGUGAUAAAAUUAAUAAAGCUCGGAGCGAGGAGGAUUUGAAAUCAUGCUUGGAGCUGAAAUCUCAACUCUUCAACCUGGGCAAAGGCUCAAGCAAAUUGGAAGUUGAAGAGAAAGAAACGCACAAGAAGGAGGUUGUGGAAGGUGAUUUGGCAGUAGCGAAAGAAUUAGAUUAUUCCUUUCCAAAAUUAAUUGUUGCGGGGGAAAUUGAUCAAGAAACUCUCAACACUAUAGAAAAACACUUUUGUUCCCUUGAGCAUGCAGAGCUGUUGUGACUUGUGAGACUAGAAUUGUCAAUAAUUAGGCCUCGGCAAGAUAAAUAGAAAUGUAGUAUAAUUUAGUUCAUCAUAAUAUGGUGCCCGCUACCUCAUAUUGUCUCAUUUACAGUCCCGUUUUCUACUUAUGUAUUGCAUCUAAUGCUGUAAUGGGGUAUAUCUGCAGAAUGACGCUGCAUUGUUAGUUGCCUUUA